AUCAUACUUUCGCAAAUUCGCACAAAGGCCAGACUGCAAGCGUCUUUCAGCUAAGUCGCUGGACAGGACGUGGCAAUGUCGCUGCGUACGAUGACACUCGCACCUGUGCUUCAGCAGCUUUGCCGGGGCAGGGCGCGAAGUGAGCGAGACCCGGUGAAACCAGGGUGAAAUCAGGGUGAAACCGUGUCAAUACGGUACACGCACAUCCGCACAUCCAUUGAUGAUCCAUUUGCUUGCGCUUUACUUGUACAGUGCAGCGGAGAAGCAUACUUAGUCACUUCAAGUCACAAUAUAAACGCCCGCGAGCUCGUGUGUUGAUUGAAUCCCACCUCGCCAGCGUCGUCGCGAUGGCCUCUGCAGAGGCUCUCGCUGUGCUGAGAGAGCUGCAAUCCAAGCCCGACAAUAGGGUAUGCUGCGACUGUGAGAUGAAGAACCCGCAAUGGGCUUCAGUCUCGUACGGCAUAUUUAUGUGCUUAGAAUGUAGCGGUCGCCACCGCGGCCUGGGCGUGCACAUCUCCUUUGUGCGGUCUGUGGGCAUGGACGCGUGGAGCGCGGACCAGCUGAAGAAGAUGCAGCUGGGCGGCAACGCCAAGCUGAACACAUUUCUGAAGCAGUACGGCAUAGAGAAAAGCACGGACAUCAAGGACAAGUACAACAGCAGAGCAGCAGAGUUCUACCGCGAGAAGCUGCGUGCGGAUGUGGAGGGCCGCGACUACACGCCGCCCUCACCCGCGGAAGUGGGGCCGCCUGUGCUGUCUGGCGGCAGCAUGGGCGCCAAGACCGGAAGCGCACGCAGUCUGGCGGCGCACUCGCAGCAUGGGUCGCCCGCCAAACGCGCGGACGACGACUGGGGUGACUGGAGCGCCAGCGGCGGCGCCAGCGCGAGCGCUAGCGGGGCGGGCAGCCAUACGCAACGUGCGGGGAGCGAGUACACGAAGGCGCAGCUGGAGGCGUCUGCGGCAGGCAAGGAGUCCUUCUUUGCGCGCAAGAUUCAGGAGAACGCCACCAAGCCGGAGGGCCUGCCCCCCAGCCAGGGGGGCAAGUACGUGGGUUUCGGCUCCGCGCCUGCGCCCCGCCCCAAGCCCGCUGCGGGCGGCGUGGACGAUCUGACCAACCUGCUGUCCUCCACCCUCACCACCGUCACGCGCGCGGCGGAGACAGCCGCCAAGAGCGCCACCCUGGCGGUCAAGAGCGGCUCGGCGCAGCUGACGCAGACGCUGCAGGAGAAGCACGUGGGCGAGACGCUGAGCGCCAACGCCAAAGUGGUUGGCGAGAAGGCGGCGCACGUGGCGCAGACGGGCUUCGCGGCGCUGUCUGGCCUGUAUGCGCGUGUGGCCUCUUCGGUGGAGCAGGCGGCGCGGCAGAACGGCUACAACGUGGACCUGGGCUCGCGCGCGGCGGCGGCAGCGUCGACCACCUCCAGCAGCCGGGCCGCCGGACACAGCGGCGGCGGCGCGCCGUCCUCCGACUACCAGCAGGCGCCCAGCUCCUGGGACGCAGGAAAUGACGAGGACUACCGCUCGGCGCAGCAGCAACAGCAGCAGCCCAGCGGCGGCAUACGGGGAGGAGGCGGGGGCGGCUUCAGCGGCUUUGACGCGGAGGGCGAUGAUGCGGAAGGUUGGGGCGGCUGGGGGGACAACAAGGCUCCCUCUUCGUCUGGGCGGUCUGCUGCAGGAGCAGGCGCCGCGGCCCACAGCGGCGGCAGCGCACGGCCGUCGGGCGGUGCGGUCGGCGGCGUUGCGGCGGCCACCCACAAGUCUAAAAGCAUGCCGGCGCUCAGUAAGGGCGGCAAGAGCGGCGAUGACGGGGAGGACGAUGAGUGGGGCAAGUGGUAGAAUGCAGAGCGCGGAGCGGCAUCGCACGGCUAUACUGGUGGGACCAGGCGCGGUUGCUUGGUGGAUGGUUAUGGUGCGGAAAAGUACCUGUGUCUCGUUAGUGUUCUUGGCCUGUGCGUUUACUCGCACGGGGUGUACUCCUAGUUUCUGAGCAUGGAACGGGUGCAUUGCUCGAGGCAUGACCAGCUUGUGGGGUGUGCGGCAGGCUGGAAGUGGCAAGCUAAUCUGCAGAGGAUAUGGAAGUAAUAUCAACAGUGGCCACGUUCUUCCAGGUCCAGAAGUCAACCUCUUAGUCACGGCCCCGGCUACUGUUCGUUCGGUCUCGUGAGUGAGGCAAUGAGCACGGUGCACCCGUUCUUUUGAAGCCCAUGAGCGGAGCCCCCACCGCCACGCGUCGGACUUGGCGUUACAGCUGGGUGAUUAGGGUGAGGGGGUGGAAAGCUCAGGAUCUUACCCCAUGCUCAAAAUUGUAGUGCUUCAGGAGAUCAUUACGUACGUACUUCUAGUUCUGUCAGGGGUUGUCUGACGAGUUCUGGGACAAAGUCGGGGGGGUCUGUCGUCGUGCCUGCGGGGUCCACCGGGUAUCGGGAGCCAAUCGUGGCGAGUGGCGGAUGUGGGGAAGCGCACCACGAACGUGUAUGGGGGGGUUGGUUCGAGUUCGGCGAUUCUAAAGUUACUGAGUUUACAGAGGCGGGGUGGGACUGGGUGGGCAUGAUUGCGCAGGUGGCUAACGUUGCGCAAGGGUGCCGCAGGUCCGAACGGCACGGACUGUUGGUUCCGGAUUCCAUGGAUGUAACGAACGUCUACU